GUCAUGGAUGCUUCCAUUGUGUUUAGUUAGCCUAGCUCAUCCUGUAGUGAAGAAUAUCGCGAUAAAUAUUGUGAUAUCGGUGUGUUUAGUGUUUAUACGAACCGCAGAGGCUUAAAUACGUGUUUCUGGGGCGCGUUUCGAUUCAGAAUUAGCUGUAAGGAACGAUAAAAAGGGAGCGCGGCUAACGGGUUAGCCUGUGAGCUAAUUAGCUUAUUUGCUAUCCGAGCCACCUGACGGAAACACGAACCGCCGCGGCUCCGUUACUCUCGGCCGGUCCGAACAGCCUUCGUUACACCGGGACUUGGCGGCUCGAUGCCGGAGCCCGGCCCGAGGAUGAGCGGCUUCUCCCUGGGCGAGCUGUGCUGGCUGUUCUGCUGCCCGCCGUGUCCGAGCCGGAUCGCGGCUAAGCUGGCCUUCCUGCCGCCCGAGCCCACCUACAGCGUGCACACGGACGCGGCGGGCGCGUGCAGCCUGCACCUGAGCGAGCGCGCGGACUGGCAGUACUCGCAGCGCGAGCUGGACGCCGUGGAGGUGCUGUGCACGCGCACCGGCCGCGGUAACCGGCUCGCGUGCAUGUUCAUCAGGUGCGCGCCCGGGAGCCGCUACACGCUGCUGUUCUCUCACGGGAACGCGGUGGAUCUGGGCCAGAUGUGCAGCUUCUACAUCGGACUGGGAUCGCGCAUCAACUGCAACGUGUUCUCCUACGACUACUCCGGUUACGGGGUCAGCACCGGCAAACCGUCCGAGAAGAACCUGUACGCCGACAUCGAGGCCGCCUGGCAGGUGCUGCGGAACAAGUACGGCGUGACCCCCGAGAACAUCAUUCUGUACGGGCAGAGCAUCGGCACGGUGCCCACCGUGGACCUGGCGGCUCGGUACGAGUGUGCCGCCGUCAUCCUGCACUCCCCGCUCAUGUCCGGACUGCGCGUGGCGUUCCCCGACACCCGCAAAACCUACUGCUUCGACGCUUUUCCCAGCAUCGAUAAGGUAUCGAAGGUGGCGUCGCCGGUGCUGGUGAUCCACGGCACGGAGGACGAGGUGAUCGACUUCUCCCACGGCCUCGCCAUCUACGAGCGCUGCCCGCGGGCCGUGGAGCCGCUGUGGGUGGAGGGCGCCGGGCACAACGACAUCGAGCUGUACGCCCAGUACCUGGAGAGACUCAAGCGCUUCAUCUCCUUCGAGCUGGCGACGUCCUGAGGGCAUCGCCGCGUACCACCGCCAACAACGCCACCGCACAGGCCGCCGCGCUGAGGACCACCGUGUGUGAGGGUGUGGCACACGCCGGGAAUCGGUUUAACCACGGCUCUGCCCGCCGUUCAGUGAAUUUUCUUUAUUGUUUUUUCCGUUCUUUCCUCUUUUUACUUGAUGAUGAAGGUUUCCAGGUGGUGCACCACUCCCCUCCAUGUUCUGUUUUCUUAGUUUUGAUGUAAAUUUGAGUCGAGGGUGAAUCUACCGGUGCACUAUUUUUACCUGCUGUUUACGUGACCACUACUUUUAUUAUUAUUAUUAUUAUUAUUAUUAUCAUUAUUAUGUUGGGUUUAAUUUCUGAUCCUCUCGACGUUCUGCUCUCGAUCUCUGGGUUCCAUUCAAGAUUUGAUUUCUUUUGCAUUUAAUUAAAUCAAUAAAAAUGAAGAACUGAUUAACUGGACAUUAAUUAACUGGACAUUUUGACGUCUUUAUGUACUUGAACUGGUUACGGAUUGAGAUGGAACCACGUUUUUUAGGCUCCGCCGCUCGAGCAUGGUGCUGCGCCGCCAUCAUCCACGCUACAUCGGUCUUAAAACUCUGGGACGUUUUUGGUUCGGGACGGCGUGCCUUACGCCUCCGGACGUCUGCGUCGGCGUCCCUCGCGGUUGACGCUAGCUGCUACUCUUCCACGGAUAAAUCACUGUGAAAACGAAGCGGCCGAACAACGAGGGUACGAACGCCGAACCCGCUCGGCUGCUUCUUCCUUUCACGCGUCCACCCCAACGAACCCCAAAAGGACCCCCAACAGACCCCAGUGGACCCAGAAGGACUCAAACAGACUUGGAUCCUGAAACUGAAACGCUAGCUUGCUCUGUUUUUAUCCGCCGCUCUGAAAUGUUAAUGUAUUCGAGGGUCGAACUUCACGCUGGAAGAUUCAACCUGCGUCCAGAAACCAGGACGCUCGGCUUUAAUCGGUGAGCUUUUUAAUUCUGAAGGUUUUUCUUUCCUUUUAUAUUCUUCAGGCUUUUCCGGGCGUCAUCGUAUCAUCGUAACGCUGAUUAUUUUUGUUUCAGGAUUUCUGUAUUAUUAUUAUUAUGAAGUGACUCCUCAUGGUGGGACCGUGAGCGUAACCUGACUUAAAUCUUCUGUAUUUUUAAUUCCCCACAAACCCGGACAGUCGUAACUGAGCCCUGCUUCUGGUUUCGUUGUUUUUUUGAUACCGAGCUUUUUAAGGACGUUUUUUCCAGAACUCGGACCCUCCUCACGUCUUUUAGCGCUGGUUUAUAAGAUACUCGUACUGUAGGCGCCGUCGUUUCUCUAUAGAUGAAUGAAAGUAUUUAAUCUUUUGUAAGGAUUUAAAGGUUUUGACACUGGAAGCUGUACGCAGGUGUAAUGAAGAUAAAAUCGUUGGUACAAACGAUCAGUCGUGCUCGUGUAACUCGUAUUAUUUUUAACCGCUUCUGAAGGAUGAACCUGAAGUCUUGACGUGCCGUCAGACGGAUUCUUGUUCUCUCGAUGUCGGCUGUGUUGCUGUAUAAUGGAAUAAAGGAUGCAUGGAAUCUAA